UUAUCAAGUUAUCAUCUUCUACUUGCAGCCAAUAACAUGAUCUUAGAGAAUCAUAGAGUUCUACUAGUCAUUUUGGGGUUUCUGGUUGUCUGCAAGAGCCAGGCCAACGUUCAUUAUUAUGAUUUCGUUCUGAAGGAAAAGAAUUUCACAAAGUUGUGCAGCACGAAAAGCAUACUGACUGUAAAUGAUAGUUUUCCAGGGCCAACCAUUCGUGUUCAGAAAGGAGAUACAGCUUUCGUUACUGUCCACAAUCAAGGAAGAUAUGGGGUCACUAUUCACUGGUUACUUCUCCCUCUCUGUCUCUCUUUUCUAUCAUUUGGCUUCCUCCCUCUAUUUGUGUAUGUGCCAAAGUCAAUGGAUUGAGUCUAAUGG